CCGGGACAGGGCCCGGCGGGGCCCGCGGGGGCGCCCGGCCCCAACGCCUUCAGACCCCUGGGCCCCGCGGGGAACAACACCCCCUACCAGCGUCCGGGCAUGUCUCCCGGGAGCCGCAUGCCCAUGGGGGGUCUGCAGGUGGGGCCCCCCGCCGGGCCCCCGUUUGGGACGGCCUCCCCGCUGCGCCCCGGGAUGCCGCCGGCCAUGAUGGACCCGUUUCGCAAACGCCUGCUGGUGCCCCAGGCCCAGGCCCCGCUGCCUCCCCAGCGCCGAGGCCUGAAGAGGAGAAAGAUGGCGGACAAAGUUCUACCUCAGCGGAUCCGGGAGCUGGUCCCGGAGUCUCAGGCCUACAUGGACCUGCUGGCUUUUGAGCGGAAACUGGACCAAACCAUCGCCCGGAAGCGCAUGGAGAUCCAGGAGGCCAUCAAGAAGCCCCUCACGCAAAAGCGGAAACUUCGGAUCUACAUCUCCAACACCUUCAGCCCCGGCAAGGCGGAGGGCGAGGGGGCCGCCGGCGCGGCCCCCGGCGCGGCCCCGGGGGACAAGGUGGCCUCCUGGGAGCUGCGCGUGGAGGGGAAGCUGCUGGACGACCCCAGCAAGCAGAAGAGGAAGUUCUCUUCGUUCUUCAAGAGCCUCGUCAUCGAGCUGGACAAGGAGCUGUACGGGCCGGACAACCACCUGGUGGAGUGGCACCGGAUGCCGACGACCCAGGAGACGGACGGCUUCCAGGUGAAGCGGCCCGGGGAUCUGAACGUCAAGUGCACCUUGCUGCUCAUGCUGGACCACCAGCCCCCCCAGUACAAGCUGGACCCGCGGCUGGCGCGGCUGCUGGGCGUGCACACCCAGACCCGGGCGGCCAUCAUGCAGGCGCUGUGGCUCUACAUCAAGCACAACCAGCUGCAGGACGGGCACGAGCGCGAGUACAUCAACUGCAACCGCUACUUCCGCCAGAUCUUCAGCUGCGGCCGCCUGCGUUUCUCGGAGAUCCCCAUGAAGCUGGCGGGGCUCCUGCAGCACCCGGACCCCAUCGUCAUCAACCACAUCAUCAGCGUGGACCCCAGCGACCAGAAGAAGACGGCCUGCUACGACAUCGACGUGGAGGUGGACGACCCCCUCAAGGCCCAGAUGAGCAAUUUCCUGGCCUCCACCACCAACCAGCAGGAGAUCGCCUCGCUGGACGGCAAGAUUCACGAGACCAUCGAGUCCAUCAACCAGCUGAAGACCCAGCGGGACUUCAUGCUGAGCUUCAGCACGGACCCCCAGGACUUCAUCCAGGAGUGGCUGCGCUCCCAGCGCCGCGACCUCAAGAUCAUCACGGACGUCAUCGGGAACCCGGAGGAGGAACGCCGCUCCGCCUUCUACCACCAGCCCUGGGCCCAGGAGGCCGUGGGCCGCCACAUCUUCGCCAAGGUCCAGCAGCGGCGGCAGGAACUGGAACAGGUGCUGGGCCUCCGCCUGACCUAGCGCCCGCGGGGAGCCCGCGGCCUUCUUAGUUAGCCACAGUAGAUGUAGGAUGGGGAGGGGGCGGCCGCUCCGCCCCGUCUCCUCGCCCGCCGGGGCC